AUGGAGCCGAAGGGGCGAAGUGUGAUUUAUAUUUCAGUCGCAUUAUCACAAGGUCAAGAUGGUGGACAUCCGUUUGACCCUAACAAACUAAUGCAGCAGUUUAUGCAAAUGAGAACAGAUCAAAAUGUGUUCGGUUCCUACAACCCAAUAGAUGUUAAAGAGGCAGCGAAAGCUUAUUUCCAGAAAACUCCCCCGCUUGGGGGUAUGCUUCAGACUGGAAACAUCAAUGCUGAAUUGAAUGGGUUCGACCCGAAUGGUCAGAGCAUGUUUGCUGGACACCAAUCAGAAAUAUGGAAGUUUGCUUCCAGUUACAAUCCUAAUAAGAAUAUACAUAAGUAUGUGUCAGAGUCGACAGAUGUUGGAUCGCUUGGAAGCAUCCAUACAACAAAGGAGGAGCUCAACCAGGGAAUGCCCGAUGAAUCUCAUUCGAACAACAACUUAGGUGCAAACACAUUAAUCAGUAAUUUAGUACCUAGCACUGAAAAACACAAUUUUGGGCUUGGAGUGGGCACACCUUCAACUUUCUCUUUACCUAUAAGCUCAAUGCAUAUGCCUAAGCCAGUCGCAAAUCCAAUGUCAGGUACAACUGACACGGAACAUGGCUUCAAUCCAAAUCACUUGAACCACGAGCUCUUUCAAAACUUGGGAUACAAUCCCGAGGCUGUUAUGUCUGAAACAAUUCUCCCACAUCAUAAUCCAAUGGCAUCGAUUGGACAAGGAACUGCACAUCCUUUACAAAAUUUAGAAAUAGGGAAUAAUGGCAUGACGCACAAUGGUGGGAAAAUGAAUCAAGACGGAGGAACAGUUGGUAAACAAACUGAUGGAACAACCAUGAAUGAAAUAAAAGAUGGUGGUACUGCUUUAGCUGGAGCGCAAAAUGGGGAAACACUGCAUAGUGGAGCAUCAACACAAAAUACCGGAACAACCUUGACCGGAACUGGAUCCUUGAUUCAAAAUGGAGGAAGUGUGAGCCAAAGUACAAGUUCAAAAAUACCGAAUGGCGGAAUACAGGCCGGAGUAACCGCGACACAAAACAGUGGAACAGAAAAACAAAAUGGGGGAUCGACAAACCAAAAUAUAGGAACAGAGACACAGAACGGGGGUACUGUAAGUCAGAAUGGUGGAGUAGGAACACAUAAUGGGGGAACGGCUCAGAAUAUAGGAACAGAGACAUAUAACGGGGGAUCUGCGAACCAGAAUGGGGGAAAUUCAGGAUCACAGAAUGGUGGAACAGUAACUCAAAACAGAGGACAAAACACAGGAAGUGCUAUACAAUCUUCAAAUCAACCAAAGUACCAUAUUGUAUUGAACAGUAACGGAGAACAUGUACUUGUUCAAUCAACAGACGAACCAGGCAAAUAUAUCGUAAUCAAAACAAUAUCAAAUGAAAAACUUGCAAACUAUUUGAUAGCAAAGUUGUCGUCGUCCAUUAGAAACGGCUCUCCCGUCCCAAGUUCUUUAUCUGCCUUAAUGUCUGUUCAGAAAACGCCAAAACUUCCCUCCAAUUUUAAUGAAGAAUCAGCUCAACCAGCAAAAGAAGGAUCGCUCCUCAACGGUUACCAUGUAGUAUCAAAAGAACAAAUAGGUGCGACACAGGCAAUCCAUGCUUCUGGAAUCGGAGGACUGGGUGAUGAGCAUGUUGGACAAAUGCAAAAAGUUUUCGGAAUAGGAUCGUUGGGAGAGGGAUCCCAAUCAAGAGGUCCUCAGAAAGGACCUGUAGACAGUGCUAGUUCAUUCAGCAUGAAUCAAGUGAACACAAACCCGUAUGUUCAUGUAACUGGAAUAGGAACACUUGGAUCCAACUCACAGCUACAAUUGCCUGGAUUGGAAUCUGAUGAAAUUGCACAUGCCACUGGAAUAGGAAGUCUCGGUCAUCAAUAUGGUGGUGAACAUUAA